UGACCAAAACUUGAGGACAGAAAAAACAAAAGUGUUGCCUGCAAAUCCCCUUGUAGGAUAUUCACACAGUUGAAUCUGAUGGUAAGUAGUGGAGCAGUUUGGUGAAGAGCUACAGUAGUAGAGCACUGUCCAGUCCAGCUCUCUCCUACAGUGGACUACCAGAGGAAACAUUGUCUCCAUGGCCACCGAGGGGAUGUCUAGAGAGGAGGCAGAGGAGUACCAGAAACAGCUGGUGGAGGAAAAGAUGGAGAGAGAUUCAGAGUUCUUGGUAAAGAAGGCUGAGAGGGCUACAUUGAGAACGUGCUUAAGAGACAAAUACAGACUACCAAAGAGUGAACAGGAUGCAAACCUGAUGGAGUCGGCAGGAGACGACAUCGACGUGCCAGAAGAACUACUCAAAAUGGUGGACGAGGACGCCACAGAGGAGGAAGAGAAGGAUUCUAUCCUGGGCCAGAUACAGAACCUACAGAACAUGGACAUGGACCAGAUCAAGGAGAAAGCGUCGGCAACUAUGGUUGAGAUGAAAUCUAAAGCAGAGGAGAAGUGCUGUGUCAUGUGAUGAGAGAAAACAUUGGUUCAGUUGAUUAGUUCCUAAGCACCAAGUUUGACCAAGGAUAUAACUUCCAAGGUUGGACUUCCCUGAAAUAUUCCAGCUUUCCAGUAUUCUAAUCUAGACUGUGGACUUGGAUUGAUCCGAAACACGUAUAGUAGACCUUCUACACAGUCUAAAUUGAACCAGUC